UAUUUCCCAAAAAAGGGAAGAGCCCGACUUGGGUGUUGAAACAGACUUUUGUUUCUGUCAAAUUUUUGAAGUAAUAUGUCUGUUAUGUCGUCUAUAGAAACAAAAAUGGAAACUUCUAACCCCCUUGACGAAAAGGGACACGAAAAGUUAGAGGAAAAGAGGCAUAGUAGUAUAGUAGAAGUAACUAGUCUUAUUGGAAGAAAGAUGGAAGAACCAUCAGAAGAAUAUCUACAACAAAGAGGAUUGUGUAUGAAAUAUUUUGAACAUUGGACAGAAAAUGAACAAACUGAAUUUGUUGAGCAUCUUCUUUCUCACAUGUGUCAUUAUCAACAUGGCCGUAUUAAUGCUUAUCUGCGACCAAUGUUACAGAGGGAUUUUAUUUCAGCACUUCCAGCCAAGGGUUUGGACCAUAUAGCUGAAAAUAUCCUGGCUUAUUUAGACUCAAAAUCACUUUGUUCUGCGGAACUUGUGUGUAAAGAGUGGUAUCGAGUUGUCUCAGAAGGUAAUUUAUGGAAGAAAUUAAUCGAAAGGAAAGUGAGAACAGAUACGUUAUGGAAGGGAUUAGCAGAAAGGAGGGGAUGGGGUACAACUUUAUUUAAACCAAAGCCAGGAGAACCUGCCAAAGAUCAUAAAUUUUACCGUGGCUUGUAUCCGUCAAUUAUAGAAGAUAUAGAUCGAAUAGAAGAUAAUUGGAGAACAGGCCAUCAUCAGUUACAGAGAAUACACUGCCGUAGUGAAACUAGUAAAGGAGUAUAUUGUUUACAGUAUGAUGAUCAGAAAAUAAUCAGUGGUUUACGAGAUAACACAAUAAAAGUUUGGCUGUGGGACAGAUCAUCAUUAGAAUGUGUAAAGGUGUUGACAGGUCAUACAGGCUCUGUUCUCUGUCUACAGUAUGAUGAGAAAAUCAUAAUUUCGGGUUCUAGUGAUUCAACAGUCAGGGUUUGGGAUGUGAAGACAGGGGAAAUGUUAAAUACACUUAUUCACCAUUGUGAAGCUGUUCUUCAUUUACGUUUCUGUGACGGGAUCAUGGUCACAUGCUCAAAAGAUAGAUCUAUUGCAGUAUGGGAUAUGCAGUCACCGACAGAGAUUAAUUUACGCCGGGUUUUAGUAGGUCAUCGUGCUGCUGUAAAUGUGGUUGAUUUUGACAACAGAUAUAUCGUAUCCGCUUCUGGUGAUAGAACUAUUAAAGUGUGGAAUACAUCUACAUGUGAAUUUGUCCGAACUUUAAAUGGUCACAAACGUGGUAUAGCCUGUCUACAAUAUCAUGAUAGAUUAGUAGUCAGUGGUAGUUCUGAUAACACAAUUAGGUUAUGGGAUAUAGAAUAUGGUGCAUGUUUACGAGUAUUAGAAGGACAUGAAGAGUUAGUGCGAUGUAUUAGAUUUGAUAAUAAACGUAUAGUCAGUGGUGCUUAUGAUGGUAAAAUUAAAGUUUGGGAUCUGCAGGCAGCUCUAGAUCCCCGUUCCCCAGCUGGAACACUUUGUCUCCGAACUUUAGUGCAGGAACAUUCAGGCCGAGUUUUCCGACUUCAAUUUGAUGAAUUCCAGAUAGUCAGUAGUUCCCAUGAUGACACAAUCCUUAUAUGGGAUUUCUUGAACGUGCCAAUUCCAGACGGAACACGUUCUCCAUCGAGAACCUACACAUACGUCACCAAGUGACUGGAUAAAAGUGUUUACAUAUAGUACAUUAUCAAACUGUCAGUCAUGCCUUAUCGUCACGGUGAUGCCUAACAGUAACCAGUGCUGAGUUCUACUAACUUAAACUAAAAAUGGCAUAUUGUGAUUCAUUUUGAGCCUAGCUUUAAAUUUUCCUGACAGUUCUUGGGUGUUGGCGCACUAAAAAAAAAAACAUUUAAUUUAUCUAGGUCAGUCAAUGUGGACAAGUAAUGGAUGUUUAUUACGCAAGGAUCUGAGGAAUAAAUUUACUAACACAAUAUGAAUUCUUGGAAAUGGAUAGACUGAUAAUGUUAUGUGUCCUGAAUUUAAGUUGUUGCCCAUAUAAGAGAUUUUUCUGUGUGUGUUGAAAAAUUAUCCAGUCAUGAUAGACAUUAGAAAGGUCAUCCAGUCAUAACGUUAAACAAAGGACUUGAAAAUCACCUUUCAUUCUUUUCAUUGAAUUUAUUUGAUAGUUGUAUUACAUUAAUUACGUGAACAUUUUUGUUAUAUUUGCAUCUCGAGAAAUGAAUUGUACAAAACCAAGAUGAAUUCUAUAUAAUUGCUACUGGUAUUAUAUGAACAUUGACCGUUACAGUUACGCAUAUGAUUAAAGGGUGGCUGUAAGGGUUUUUGGCGUGUAUGUAUGUGCGCAUGUGAUUAUUAUGUUAUAAUAUGAACUUUUCAUCGUCUGUUUAAUUACGAGUAUGUACGUCUUUAAAAAAUAUUGUAUGUUAUAAUUAUCAUCAGUAACAGACGUUCCUAUAGAUUCUUUUAAUUCAAAUUAUGAACAGAAUGAAAAAAAAAACAUCCUGAAUCUCGUUCAAUUAUUAAAAUGUGUGUGUGUAUUGUUCUUUAAUUUAUUUUUGAAUUGCUUACCCCUUUAAAUUUAGGGAGUUGGUAUUGGAACUUCUGCAUUCUUGCCAGAGCUUCUUUCCAAGAAAAAACUAGUGUUGUAUACAGUUAACACUAAAACCACAUACGGUAGCCAUUCCUUUGUGAGACAGUUAAAAUGACAGACAGAUGUAUUAAUCGUUGUUGAAAUACAAGCUUCAAGAUCAUUUAUUUUUAUCGAUCUGCUGCUUGAACUACAUAAUGGAAUGGCAUCCUUUCUUUACAGAGAUCCAAUGGAACUCUUUAUGGUCUCAAUAAUUGUAAAUAAAGCAAAAUGUUAUAUUCCAUGAAAACUUGUUUAAAAUCUAAAUAUGUAUUUUGUCAUUAAUUUAACAUUAAAAAGAUAAAUAGGAACUAAGUUGGUAUUAUUGUAAAAAAAAAAUAAAAAAAUAAAUAAAUAUUUAUUUUGCAUAUCAUUAUGAUUUCCUGUAUGUUGAAGUUUUCUUGUUUUAUCCGUGGAAUAGAGCAGGUUACCAAACUUUUCAAAGCAAGGAAUCAGUAUUCAUUGUAUCAUUCUUUUAAAACAGCAAAUAAAUUUCAGAUAUUA